AUGGAAGAAGCAACCGGACUUGAUGAUGAUAUUAUUAAUGCUCCGGGAAUUGUUCAUCCCAAGACUGGCGAAAUUUUAACAGUAGGCGAAGCAAUUCGUUUACGAGUAUUAGAUGUACGAACUGGUCGUAUUGCCACUCAACCAGAUUCAAAAUCUGGUUGGGUAACUAUUGAGCAAGCUGUCGAGAAAGGACUGGUGGACAAGGGUUUAGCAAACAAACUUUUGGGUCCUUGUGUUGUUGGUGAUAAUGGACCACAAAUGACUUUGCUGGAAGCUAUUCAAAAGGAAUUAAUGGAUGCUGAACGAGGACCAGUUGAAAGGAUAAAGGUAAAAAAUGAAGAACAUAUUGCUGAUUUUAGUGAAACUCUCAAUUCGAGUGAGGUUAGGGGUGAGGUAUUUCAAGUGUUAAAUAAAAAAGUCACAUUAAAUGAAAAAGAAAUUACUGUACUCGACGCCGUUCAUCAAGGAAACUUAGAUAAAAUUAAUUUGGCUGAAGAUGAAUUACAACUUUUAGCAAAACUUAAUGGCCUCAAACCAAAAAGUGCAUUGAAAGUCGUAUUGACCAAAACAUUAGACGCCUUGAAAAUUAAAGAAGAUCCUAGAACUGAUUUGCCAACAGAAGGUUGGAGUUUAUUUGAAGCAAUUAAACAAAAUUUAUUUGAUCCUGAAUCUGGUGUUUUUAUUAUACCUGGUACUGACAGGUUAGUAUCAUUUAAAGAGUGCAUUGAUAUGCGCAUUAUAAACCCAGAUUCUGCUGUAGUAGUUGAUCCAACUAAGCCAAAAACAUUAUCAUUAAAACAAGCACUGAGAAAAGAUAUUUUAGAUGCCACUGGCCACUAUCAAGGUAGUACAAUGAAAGAAGCUAUAGAAGGUAACUUUGUAUAUGAUCCAUCAGCAAUUGAAUAUGUUUCUUCACCUGUUGAAACAGUUGAAGUAAAAGGUGGUAAACGUAAAGUUGAACGGUCUAAUAGUAUGAGACCUCAGUUUUUUGUACAAGAAUCAAUAACGGAAGAAGAAUUAGAAGAUUUUAUACAUAAUGAGAGUAGAAAUGUACCAUCUUUACCUGUAUCACUACUAGAAUCAAGCACCACGGGAAUAACCUUGCAAGCCAUGGCAGAAAAGUACAAACUGUGUGAUGAUACACUGUCAGAAUACUUAAACUGGAUUGGAGAAAUUGAAGACAGAAUUGCAAAUCAAGAUAUAGCUCAAGAAGGUUUGGAUCAACUACGUAAUCAAAUAAACAUUUUAAAACUGAUUAAAGAAGAAAUUGAUUCACAAUUACGUCCUAUUACAACAUGUUUGGAUCAAGUACGUCAUAUAAUUGCCACGGGCAGUGAAUACUUGUCUAGAGAAGAAAUAAAUAAUGUUGAGAAGAAAGGGAAAUCUCUGAAAUCUCGGUAUGACCAUGCAAAUGAACGCACUGAUAAAUUGCUACGUCGCUUAGUCUCUGCCAAAGAUGAACUGUCCAAGUUUAAAUCUGAACUUACUACAUUUACAACAUGGAUGGAUAGAGCUCAGCGUACUCUUGAUGAAAAAGAACGAGCAUUAGCUAAUAUAAAUAGACUUGCGGAUACAUCAUCAACUGAAUCCACAAGGGAGUUUGUGUCUGAUGUUAUUUCACACCAAGCAGAUCUCCGCUUUAUCACAAUGGCAGCACAAAAGUUCAUUGACGAGUCUAAAGAAUAUCUAACCUGUUUAAAUGAUUUCAGAACUGGUUUACCAUCUCGACUUCAUCAUAUCGAACCAGUAUCAUCACAAGAUAGUGUGGUUAAAAAUACAGUUAUCAAUGUCACUAAUAAUUAUAGAGAUUUAUUAGCACGAGCUAAUGCCUUGUCUGAUAAAUUAAGUGGACUUAACUCUAAACAGAGAGAAUAUAAGGAUGCCUUGAACGCUGUUAAAGCUUGGCUUCGAGAAGCUGAACCAAGAGCUAUUAAAAUCAUUAAUGAACCAAUUGGUGCAGAUCCAAAUGCUCUCGAAGAUCAAUUCAACCGAACAAAAACUUUGAAUAAUGAAUUUUUGGGACAAGCUAGGCUUAUUGAAAAUGUCAAACAAGCUGCAGAUGGUUUAAUUAGAUCACUUGAAGGCCAAAGUGGUAUCAAAGAAAUCGAGGCCAUUCAAGGCCCAGUUAAUGAAUUGGAAGAUAAGUACAGAUCUUUAUGUAAUGGUUUAGCUGACCGACUAUCACAAUUGGACACUGCAUUAGUUCAAUCACAUGGUGUGCAAGAUGCUUUAGAUUCAUUACUUCAUUGGUUAAACGAUGCUGAAGCCACAUUAAAGAAUAUAACAAGACCAGUAAGUUUACACACAGAUCGUCUAUCUGAACAAAUCCGAGAGUACAGAUUGUUGCAGUCAGAUAUUGAUACACAUAGAGCAAGUGUUGACAGCGUCGCACAUUCUACACAAGAGUUAAUGAUCAACUCAAGCAAUCCUAGACUUGCCAAAAAAAUAGAGGUCAAGUUAAAAGAUGUUACGACUCGUUUUGAAAAGCUUUUGGAUAGGACUGCUAAACGAGGUGAAUUAUUAAAUGACAUCAACCAAAUAUUGUCAUCAUUUAAUAGUCAAGCAGCAAUGCUUGAACAAUGGCUGGCAAAUGCAUUAGAUAAUUUUAACGAUAUGCCUGAAAGCAAGUUGGAUGAUUUAAUUGCUCAAAGAGACUCUCAACGACAAGCAUUAGACCAAACAAUACGUGACGGAAAAACUCUCAUUAACAAUAAGGAUGUAACCGACACUCCUCCUGUGCGUGAUCGUGUUAAGGGAUUGGAAAACCAAUGGAAAAAUUUGAACCAACUAUUAGAAGAAAAGCAGAGAUUAUCUAAAGCUAAAAUAGAACAACUUCAAGCAUACGAAAAAUUGAGAGAUCAAGUAUUAAUUUGGUUAAAUAACACUGAGAAAAGAGUUAACCAAUUAGAAAGUGUGGCUGUAGAUAUGAAUAUUAUUAAAAAUCAAAUUGAUGAACUGAAACCAAUUUCUAAGGAUCAUCGUGAUUACAGCAUUACUAUUGACAGACUUAAUGACCUAGGGGCUACAUUUUAUGAUUCUAGCCUUACCAAUUCUAUGAGAAGACGUAGUUCAGUGUCUCCUACUAAACGCUAUUCGUUGGACUCAUUAAGAAAAACUUCUAGGGAUUCUCCUAGAAGUUCUGUUGUAAGUUUCACAUACAACAGAAUUGAAGAUGGCUUAGACGACAGCCCUGUGCAGCAGGAAUUGAAUGAAAUUAAUAACAGAUAUAACUUAUUAGGUGUAAAAAUAUCAGACCGACAAAAUGAAUUAGAUACUAUUAGAGACGAUGUGAGAAAGUUGGUUGAAAAUAUGAAAAUAUUAAACCAAUUUUUAGAUAGAACACAGAAGUCAUUACCAAAAGAGAGUAUUCCUCUGACUAAAGAAGAGUCUGAUAAAGCAGCAAAACAAGUUAGAGCUGUACUUGAAGAAAUGUAUGAAAAACAAUCUUUGUUGGAUAGUACUAAAUCUGGUGUAAAUGAUCUAUUAAAAAAAAAACCAACUUCUCUAGGAGCUGAUAGAUUACAUGAUGACAUACAAAAUGUUACAAGUCGUUGGAAGAACUUAAAUGAUAUUUGUAAGAAUCGCAUUCAACUUCUUGAAGACUUGAAAGAUUUCCAUGACUCACAUGACAACCUUUCGAACUGGUUAGGAUCCAAAGAGCGUAUGUUAAAUGUCUUGGGUCCAAUAUCAUCAGAUUCUAGAAUAGUACAAAGUCAAGUUCAGCAAAUUCAAGUGUUGAGAGAAGAGUUUAGAACUCAGCAACCUCAACUUACUCAUUUAACAUCUGUUGGUGAAAGCAUACUCAAUAGACUACCAGAUCCAAACUCACCGGACGCUCAACGAUUUUCUAAUAAAUUAACAGCAAUUUUACAAAAAUGGUCAGAUUUACUUGGCAAAUUGGAAGAUAGAGCAUCCAAUCUUGGCGCAGCAGCUGAUUCCACCCGAGAAUUUGAUGCAGGUCUUGCUCGUUUGACUGAAGCAUUGCAAAAUAUAUCUGAUCAAUUAGAUGAUAUUUCAUAUGAUAAAGAACCAGAAGAGAGGCUUAGAAAAAUACAAAACUUGGAAAGACAAUUAGAAGGACAAAGACCAUUAUUAGCUGAUUUAGAAGAUGCUGGCAAUCAUUUGUGUAAUGUAUUAGAUGACCCAGCUUGUAAAGCAGAUAUUCAAGCAAAAUUAGCUGCCAUUAAUCGUCAAUAUAACAACUUGCAAAAGAAAUUGGACAAUAAAAAAGCUGAAAUUGAAGGAUCAUUGAAGGACGGUAGACAGUUUGAAGCUACCUGUGCUUUGACACUUGGUUGGCUGUCUGAUCAAUUGGGUAGUCUCACAGAACGUCUAUUAAUAUCUGCUGAUAAAGAUAUAUUACAGCAACAAGUUUCUCAGUAUGAGCCAAUAUACAAAGAAGUAUUACACAAAGAACAUGAAGUAAUUAUGCUUUUAAAUAAGGGUCGUGAUAUGUUAUCACGAACUGGACAACGUAACGAAUCUCGUAAUUUGCAACGUGAUUUAGACAAAAUACAACAAAAUUGGGACAAACUGCGCAAAGAAGCUGUAGACCGCCAUAACAGACUUCAAACAUGCAUGGAGCAUUGUAGAAAAUAUUAUAGAGCCCAAGAGUCCUUUACACCAUGGUUGGCUCAAGCCGAAAAUAAAUUAGAACUUAUACGACCAAACAGCUUUAGUAAAAAAGACGUGGAUAAACAAUUGAGAGAAUUGUCUGCUUUUAGAAAUGAAGUUUGGAAACACUCUGGUGAGUUUGAGAAUGUUAAAAACCUAGGAGAAACAUUCCUUUCUUCUUGUGAUGUGGAUAAAGAACUUGUAAAACAAGAACUAUCAACCAUCAAAACUCGAUGGGAUAGAUUGAACAAUGAAUUAAUGGAAAAAACACAAUGGUUAGAAGACAUUUCAAGAAAGUUAUCUGACUUUUCCGACAACCUUAGAGAUUCUGAACACGCAUUACAGCGCUGUGAAGAUAAACUUACUUCUCACGAUUCAGUUGGAGGUGCGGCACGUGAUCCAAAACUGUUGGAGAGAAUCAAAGCAUUGCGGGAAGAUGCUAAAAAAUUAAGAAAUCCAUUGGUAAGUCUAAGGCAAACAGCCGGUGACUUGGCCUCAGAAGCAGUUCAAAUGGGUGUUGGUGACUCCUUAAAAUUACAAGAUGAUGUUGACAAUCUUAUGGAUAGAUUAGACGAUUUAGAAGGUAAAUUGGACGAUAGGUGUUCACAAUUACUUUCAGCUUCGACUGCAUUGGCACAAUACGCAGAUAAAGUCAAAGCUCUUGGUAAAAACUUGAAUGACUUAGAAGCUGAAUUUGACUCAUUGAAACCACCUGGUCGAGAUAUUAAAACUGUUACUGGACAAUUAGAUGAAGUAGACAAAUUUAUCAAGAAAAUUGCAAGGGCUGGAGAUGAUGUUACAGUAAUGCUUGAACUAGGUCAACGUUUGGAAGACUCUACUUCAAUGCGUGAUCAAGCAGAAUCACUGACACGUUUAUUAAACAAACUUGACGAACGAGCAUCAAACAGACAAACUGAUCUUGAAAAUAUUUUAGACAGACUACAAGCUUUUAAAAAUAAGCAUGAUAAUGUUGUUCAAGACAUAGAACAUGCAACUGAUGAAUUUAAGAGUUUGAAACCAAUUGGAUCUGAAGUGGAGGCAAUUAAAUUCCAACAACAAGAGUUUGGGUCUUUCAGAAAGAACACCAUUGAGCCACUAAUUUUGUCUGUCAAUGAAGUUAAUGGUGUAGGUCAAAGAUUAAUACAAUCUGCUGCCAGGGGUGUAAACACUGGUAUUUUGGAAAAAGAUUUGGAAAAAAUGAAUGAUAAGUGGAAUACACUCAAAGAAAAAUUAAACGAGAGGGACAGGCGUCUAGACUAUGGGCUUUUACAAUCUGGCAAGUUCCAAGACGCUUUAGAUGGAUUUGCUAAGUGGUUAGCUGAUACAGAAGAGUUAGUAUCUAAUCAAAAACCACCUUCAGCUGAUUACAAGGUCGUAAAAGCACAAUUACAAGAACAAAAGUUCUUAAAGAAAAUGUUAGCCGACCGUCAAAAUUCAUUGUCAUCAAUAUUUGAUAUGGGUAAUGAAGUUGCGGCUAAUGUAGAUCCAAGAGAACGUAAGGAAAUUGAAAUACAAUUGAAAGAACUAUCUCAACGUUUUGAUAAUUUGGAUCGUGGUGCUACAAAACGCAUGGAUGAUUUGCAAAAAGCUAUGGUUGUGGCUAAAGAGUUCUUAGAAAAAAUUACGCCGCUCUUGGAAUGGUUGGAUAAAAGCGAGAAAAAAAUUAAGGACAUGGAACUAAUUCCUACAGAUGAAGAAAAAAUACAACAGAGGAUUAAAGAACAUAGUAAAUUACACAAUGAAAUUUUAUCUAAAAAUCCUGAAUUCCAUGAUCUUACCGAAGUAGCUAGUACAUUAAUGGCUUUGGUUGGUGAAGAUGAAGCAUCUGGCGUAGCAGAUCGUAUCCAAGAAACAGCUGAUCGUUAUGCUACACUUGUAAAUACCUCAGAUAAAGUGGGACAAUUGUUACAAGACUCUCGUGCUGGUUUAAGACAUCUAGUAUUAACUUAUCAAGAUCUGCAAGCUUGGAUGGAAGGCAUGGAGAAACGUUUGGGCAAAUACAAAGUACUACCUGUGCAUACAGACAAACUAGUGGAACAAAUGGAGGAUAUUGCAGAUCUAUGUGAAGAAAUAUCAAACCACCAAUCAGAUGUUGAUGGAACCGUAGAUGCAGGCAUGGAGCUUAUGAAACACAUAACCAGUGAUGAAGCCAUUCAAUUAAAAGAUAAGUUAGACGUAUUGCAGAGACGUUUCAAUGACUUAGUCACUGCUGGCACUGAUUUAUUAAAGAAUGCCGAAAGCAUGUUGCCACUUGUACAGCAAUUCCAUAAUGCUCAUAAACGUUUGGGUGAUUGGAUGUUAUCAGCUGAAUCACAAUUACAAACCGCAGAACCCAAAGAAGAAGACAUACAUAAUUUAGAACUUGAUAUUCAAGAAUUCCGUCCAGUUUUAGAAAACAUUAAUCAAAUAGGACCACAAUUGUGUCAAAUGUCUCCUGGUGAAGGUGCUUCAACUAUUGAAGGCCUUGUUACUAGAGAUAAUCGAAGAUUUGACGCUAUUGCUGAACAAAUUCAAAGAAAAGCUGAACGUAUUCAUUUGUCUAAACAACGAUCACUUGAAGUCAUUGGUGAUAUGGAUGACCUGUUAGAUUGGUUCCGUGAAGUAGAUAACCAAUUAAGAGACGCAGAACCUCCAAGUAGUGAAGUGGAUAUUAUUCGUGUACAACUUAAAGAACACAAAGCACUGAACGAUGAUAUAUCGAGUCAAAAAGGACGUGGUAGAGAUGUAUUGUCUAUGGCUAAGAAAGUUUUACGGGAAGUUACACAAAGCAAUGACACUAGUCUCAUGCGUGAAAAAAUGGAAGACCUUCGUGAAGUUAUGGAUCAUGUAUCAUCUUUAAGUGCUGAACGUUUGAGUAUACUUGAACAAGCUCUACCGCUUGCUCAACAUUUCCAAGAAUCACACUUUGAUUUAUCUGGUUGGUUAGAUGAUAUGGAGAGACAAGUAUCAAUGUUAGCUAUGCCUGCUUUGAGACCAGAACUUAUUGCCCAGCAACAAGAUAAAAAUGAAAUGUUUGUACAGUCUAUUACUGAACAUAAACCACUUGUGGAUAAACUUAAUAAGACUGGUGAAGCUUUAAUCAGACUAUGUAACGAAGAUGAGGGAAUGAAAAUCCAAUACAUUAUGGACAGUGACAAUUCCAGGUAUGCAGCACUAAGAUCUGAACUUAGGCAAAGGCAACAAGCCCUCGAAAAAGCAUUACAAGAAACCAGUCAAUUUAGUGAUAAAUUGGAAGGCAUGUUGAGAGCAUUGCAAAAUACUGCCGAACAAGUAUCUGGUGCUGAACCUAUAUCUGCCCAUCCUCCCAAAAUUCGUGACCAACAAGAUGAAAAUGACGCUGUUGUUGAAGAUUUACAUAAGCGUGCUGAUGCAUUCCAAGCAGUGAAAAGAGCAGCUAAUGAUGUUAUUAAUAAGGCUCCGAAUUCCUCGGAUCCCGCAGUCAAAGACAUAAAACGUAAAUUAGAUCGAUUGAAUAGUUUGUGGAAUGAGGUCCAAGAAGCGACUAAUGAUCGUGGGCGCAGUCUUGAAGAAGCCCUCAUACUAGCUGAGAGAUUCUGGGAAGAAUUACAGAAUGUGAUGGGUACACUAAAAAAUUUACAAGAUUCAUUACACUCGCAAGAUGCCCCAGCUGUAGAACCAGCUAUAUUGAAACAACAAAAAGCUGCUUUAAAAGAAAUUAAAGCAGAAAUUGAUCAGACCAAACCUGAAGUAGACCAGUGCCGUGCAAGUGGUAAACAAUUAAUGAAAGUUUGUGGAGAUCCUGAUAAGCCCGAAGUUAAGAAACAUAUUGAAGACUUAGAUAAUGCUUGGGAAACUGUAACUGCAUUGUUUGCUAAACGUGAAGAAAAUUUAAUACAAGCUAUGGAAAAAUCUAUGGAAUUCCAUGAAACCUUACAAGAUUUGCUCAAAUUUUUGGAUGGAGCUGAACGCAGAUUUGCCAAUUUAGGUCCAUUGGGAACAGACAUCAAAGUUGUUAAAAAUCAAAUUGGUGAACUUAAGAACUUUAAAUCUGAUAUUGAUCCUCAAAUGGUUAAAGUAGAAGCUUUGAACAGGCAAGCCCAAGAACUUACGGAAAGAACUACUGUUGAACAGGCAGCUGCUCUCAAACAACCAUUAACUGAAGUCAACCGUAGAUGGGAAAAUCUAUUGAAGGGUAUUGUAGAACGACAGCGUCAAUUAGAAAACAGUCUUUUACAAUUAGGCCAAUUCCAUCAUGCAUUGGCAGAACUUCUUGCUUGGAUUGAUGGUACUAAUAAAACAUUAGACAAAGAUUUGAAACCUGUUGCUGGUGAUUCCCAGUUAUUAGAAGUUGAACUUGCUAAGCUCAAGGUAUUGGUGAAUGACAUUCAUGCCCAUCAGUCGAGUGUUGACACUUUGAACGAUGCUGGUCGACAACUGAUUGAAAAUGGAAAAGGAUCAGCUGAAGCUAACUCCACUCAAGAUAAACUUAAUGUUCUGAACAAAAGCUGGAGAGACUUAUUACAAAAAGCGGCAGAUCGGCAAUUAGAAUUGGAAGACGCACUGCAAGAAGCCCAAAGGUUUGCCGUAGAAAUACAGGACCUGCUAUCAUGGCUUGGUGAAGUUGAUGGUGUAAUAGCGACAUCAAAACCAGUUGGUGGCUUACCUGAAACAGCUAGUGAACAAUUGGAACGUUUCAUGGAAGUAUAUGACGAACUAGAAUCUAAUAGACCAAAAGUAGAAACAGUUUUGGCUCAAGGACAAGAAUAUUUGAAAAAAUCACCAAAUUCUGGAAAUCUGCAGCAAAACCUGAAGACCCUAAAACAGCGAUGGGAUAGUGUGACUGCUAGAGCUAAUGAUAAAAAAAUCAAAUUGGAAAUUGCACUUAAAGAAGCUACCGAGUUCCAUAAUGCUUUACAGGCAUUUGUUGAUUGGCUUACUGAUGCUGAAAAAACAUUAUCUAACUUGAAACCGGUUUCUCGUAUUCUGGCCACCAUUUUAACACAGAUUGAAGACCAUAAAACUUUCCAAAAAGAUGUAAGCUCCCAUCGGGAGAUAAUGCUUCAUUUGGACAAGAAAGGAACUCAUCUGAAGUACUUUUCACAGAAACAAGAUGUCAUACUCAUCAAAAACUUAUUAAUCAGUGUACAACAUCGUUUUGAACGUGUUGUGUCAAAAAGUGCUGAAAGAACUCGUGCACUUGAUCAUGGUUAUAAAGAAGCCCGCGAGUUCAACGAAGCAUGGUCAAGCCUAAUGGAUUGGUUGGCCACUGCAGAGAAGAACCUGGAUGAGCUAACCCAAGAUGCUAGUGUUGGUAAUGAUCCAGAGCGUAUUAAACAACGUUUGGCCAAACACAGAGAUGUACAACGAGCCUUAAGUGGAAAGCAAGCAACAUAUGACUCUACUAUGAGAAUGGGCAAAGCAUUAAAAGAAAAAGCUCCUAAGAGUGAUGAACAGCCCUUGAACAAAAUGAUAAAUGAAUUAAAAGAAAAGUGGAAUUUGGUAUGCACUAAAUCUGUAGACAGACAGAGAAAGUUGGAAGAAGCUUUGUUAUACUGUGGACAGUUUAAAGAUGCUAUGGAAGCUCUUUUGGAAUGGUUACGUAAAACUGAGAAAAGACUAACAGAUGACGGGCCAGUGCACGGAGAUUUGGAUACAGUAAUGGCUUUAGUUGAACAGCAUAAGACAUUUGAAGAAACAUUAUCUAAGCGUUAUGAACAAAUGAAAACUGUACGACAGACUGGUAAAGAUCUAAUGUCCAAGGCCAAUAAUGCUGACCGUGCUGUGAUUCAAAAUCAAUUGGAUGAUUUAGAAGGCCUGUGGAAUCGCACUAGCCAACUGUGCGAAAAACGAACCGAAAGACUUGAAGAUGCUUUAAGACAAGCGGAACAGUUACAUAAAUCUGUACAUUUACUGUUAGAAUGGUUAUCUGACGCAGAGAUGAAAUUAAGGUUCAUUGGACCAUUACCAGAUAACGAACAAGAAACAAGAAACCAAUUGAAUGAGCAUAGGAAGUUCAUUGAAGAAAUGUCUGAUAAAGAACAUGAAAAAGAUUCUACUGUUACUUUAGCACAAAGAAUUUUAGAAAAGGCUCAUCCAGAUGCAGUUGGCGUAAUCAAGCAUUGGAUAACCAUAAUUCAGUCUAGGUGGGAAGAAGUUUGGACUUGGGCUAAACAGCGUGAGCAAAGGCUAGUCGAACACCUACAGUCUCUUCAGGACUUGGACUCAUUGCUAGAAGAAUUAUUCUCCUGGUUGACUAGAUUAGAAAACAGAUUGUUGGAUCUUGAAUCUGAACCUCUACCCGACAGUGUAGAAGUGGUUGAAAAACUGAUUGAAGAACAUCGCGAAUUCAUGGAAAGCACCUCUAAAAGACAGACUGAAGUUGACACUGUGUGCAAAGUUAAACAACCUACUGCUCCAGUGGGUAGAAAACCAUCAGCUAAGAAAAUUUCUGCUAUCAGCCGAGAGGACUUGGCUGGCAGUUCACAUGAUCUAAGUGAUCAACGCAGACAAAGUCGGGGUAGUCAAAUCAUACGAGAUAAGUCCAUGGAUCAUUUGCCACAUAUUGGACCUCGAUUCCCAGCUAAAGGAAGCAAAGUGGAAGAGCCGCUGUUACGCAAUUCGCGUUGUCGACAGCUUUGGGACAAAUGGCACUCCGUGUGGCUGAUGGCAUGGGAACGUCAGCGUCGUCUGCAGGAACAUCUUAACUAUUUGAGAGAAGUCGAGAAAGUAAGGAACUUCUCUUGGGAUCUGUGGAGGAAACGAUUCCUGAAGUUCAUGAACCACAAGAAAUCCCGGCUCACUGACUUAUUCAGGAAAAUGGACAAGAACAAUGAUGGUCUCAUUCCGAGAGAUGACUUCAUCGACGGAAUCAUGAAAACUAAAUUUGACACCAGUAAAUUGGAAAUGAACGCCGUGGCUGACAUGUUUGAUCAUGAUAAACUUGGUCUGAUUGACUGGAAAGAAUUCAUAGCCGCAUUGCGACCCGACUGGGAGGAAAAGAAACCAGACACCGAGUCCGAGAAGAUACACGACGAGGUUAAGAGGCUGGUAAUGCUGUGUACUUGCCGGCAGAAGUUCAGGGUGUUCCAAGUCGGAGAAGGAAAAUACCGGUUCGGUGAUAGUCAGAAACUACGUCUAGUCCGCAUAUUGAGGUCGACCGUCAUGGUACGUGUUGGCGGCGGUUGGGUCGCUCUCGACGAAUUUUUGGUUAAGAACGAUCCGUGCAGAGCCAAAGGACGCACAAACAUCGAACUCCGCGAGCAGUUCAUACUGGCCGAUGGCGUGUCACAGAGCAUGUCUGCAUUCAAACCGAAACACAACGCGCAACAACAACAGCGGUCUGGUUCUACUGCCGGUCCGAUCACCAAGGUGCGUGAACGGAGUUCCAGGAGCGUGCCGAUGGGCAAGAUGGGUGUGAAUCGCACAGCCGGCACUCCAGAUUCGCUUAGCGACAACGAAUCGUCGCCGCACUCCAGGACUUCAGUCGUCAGGAAACCGUCCACGCCGACUGUCAGGAAGUCGAACGUCGGGCUAACUGGAAGUCUGCCGGCCAGCCGACCGGCUAGCAGACCAGCUAGCAGGCCGCAGAGUCGUCCGGGAAGCAAGCCACCCAGCCGUCACGGAUCUAACCUGUCUCUCGACAGUACCGAUUCGACUACGCCAAGUCGCAUACCAAGACUUACGCCCGGCAAGACGCCUUCUUCGACAUCCGCCACCCGCAAGACUACGCUCAACGGACAGACCAACACUACCGGCAGGGGAGUGCGCUCGCCGUCAGCGCUGACCAGCCAAUCGCCGUCAUCGUCUUCCAGGUCCCUGUCAAUGCACAGGUCGUCGAGUAUACCUACGUUGUCUUAUUCAAGCUCUAGCCGUAACCAUCACCCGGGUUCGAAAAUACCCGUUCUCGCGGAACAUCAGUGUUCCUCGGCGACAGUGCCCACGUCUUCGUCUUCGCCGCCCCUUUCGUCGUCGCCGUCCUUUUCGUCGUCUCCGUCUGCUGGGUAA